ACAACCUCAACAAAAUUGUGAAGAAACCAAAAGAAAGAAAGAAUCAUAAAGAAAAGAAGUUUACUUCUUUUGGUUUUUAAGUCAGUCCAUUAUAUUAAAGAGAGAAUUAAAAACGCUUUUACUGUAGCUAACUGCUUUCCAUAACAGAGGUUUAAUUUCUUAAAAUGAAGAAGUCAUCGGUCAAUUUGACCGUUUGCUUCAUAGCUAUGGUUGUGGUCGUCGUCUCAUUCUUCUUCUGUCUCGGUCACAAUGGCUACCGGAUUCGGACAUCACCGGUCAGUGUGACGUUCACUGGAUUCCUCCUUGUAUAGGAGAUACCUAAGCAACAUAGACAUCAACAAUUCUUCGAGACUAUUCAAUGUCACACUGCAAAGAAAAGGUGGAUAUGUUAUAAUGGACAAUGGCAUCGUCCAAGUUACUCUUUCAACUCCCGAUGGCGACGUGGUUGGAUUGAGCUACAAUGGAAUCCCCAACAUUCUCGAAACCAACAACGAAGAGCAAAACAGAGGCUACUGGGACGCCGUGUGGAACAACCCAGACGAACCCAUUGCCACGGACAGAUUAAAAGGAGAGAGUUAUGAAGUGAUAAUAGGGAACGAGGAGCAACUAGAAAUAUCGUUUAACAAAACAUGGAGUAUUGGAAAAGGGAAUGAGACGGCGCCUGUAAAUGUGGACAAAAGGUACGUAUUGCUGAGAGGAAGUUCUGGGUUUUAUUGUUAUGCGAUAUUCGAGAGACCCAUUGGGUGGCCCCAGAUUGAAAUGGAUCAAGUUAGAAUUGUUUUUAAGCUUCAAAGCCAAAUGUUUGAUUAUAUGGCUGUCUCGGACGAUAGGCAAAGAGUGAUGCCCACAAUGAGAGACCGUGAAAAUGGUGAGCCAUUGGCUUUUCCCGAGGCUGUUCUUUUGACUAAUCCUUCCAAUGAAGAACUUAGAGGAGAGGUGGAUGACAAGUACCAAUACUCAACAGAGGACAAGGACAAUCAAGUUCACGGCUGGAUCUCCAGUGAUCCGCCAGUGGGAUUCUGGAUGAUCACUCCCAGCGACGAGUUCCGGGUUGCCGGUCCGGUCAAGCAGGAUCUUACCUCCCAUGCCGGCCCCAUCACUCUCUCCAUGUUCGUUAGCACCCACUACGCUGGAAAGGACAUUGGUAUGAGAUUUGCAGCUGGAGAGCCCUGGAAGAAGGUCUUCGGCCCUGUCUUUGUUUAUCUCAACUCUGUUUCCCCUGAAGAGGAUUCUCUAUCCCUCUGGGAAGAUGCCAAACAACAGUUGGCAAUAGAAAUCAACGAGUGGCCCUAUACUUUUCCUCAAUCAGAAGACUUCCCUUCUUCUGCCCAAAGAGGGAGCGUCGCAGGCCAGUUAUUCGUUCGUGAUCGGUACAUCAGUAGCCGACUUAUGCGGGCGAGUAAUGCUUUCGUUGGAUUGGCAUUGCCUGGUCCUGUGGGAUCUUGGCAGGCGGAAACCAAGGGCUAUCAGUUCUGGACUCAAGCUGACAAUCACGGCAACUUCUUAAUCAAUAACAUCCGGGUUGGGGUUUACAAUCUGUACGCUUUUGUCCCUGGCUUCAUUGGAGACUACAAAUACGAGGCAAAUAUUACAAUCGAGUUUGGGUCUGAAAUCAAUUUGGAUGAGAUGGUGUUUGAUCCACCGAGACAAGGCCCUACCAUCUGGGAGAUUGGCUUUCCUGAUCGCACUGCAGCGGAGUUUUAUGUGCCUGACCCUUAUCCAACUCUCAUGAAUAAGCUAUACAACAACCAUGCUGACAAGUUCAGACAGUAUGGCUUGUGGGAACGUUAUGCAGCUAUUUAUCCAAAUAAUGAUCUUGUGUUUACCGUUGGUGUCGAUGAUUAUAAAGUGGACUGGUUCUAUGCUCAUGUUAACAGGAACAUGGGGAAUCAAACAUACGAAGCGACCACUUGGGAGAUCAGAUUUUUAUUGCAACCUGUGAACCAAACAACAAAUUACACACUGCAAAUUGCAUUAGCAUCUGCUGCUGAGUGCGAAUUACAGGUUCGAUUGAACAAUCGAGAAUCAGAGCAGCCUGGUUUUUCGACAGGGAGGAUUGGAAAGGACAACGCAAUUGCAAGGCAUGGCAUUCAUGGACUUUACUGGUUAUACUCCAUACCUUUCCCUGGCGAUCAAUUUCUGCAAGGAAACAACUCCAUCUAUCUCACUCAGGCAAGAAGUGAAAGCCCUUUUGAAGGUCUCAUGUACGACUACAUUCGACUGGAAGCUCCAUCUCUAACAUGAUCCAAUCCUGAAUAGUCUUUUACAAUUUUUUACUAUGUUAAUUUUUUCUGAUCUUACUAAUUACAUAUAAGAUCAAAGGAAAUUAAUUAUCAGAAAAACCACAGAAAUUUAGUAAAUAGAAGUACAGGAACGGCCCUUUACCAUUAUCUAGAUAUACCAUUUCGUUUAGCAACAUCUCGAUGCUAAAAUUGUAUUCUGCUCCAUACAAAAGCUCUUAAUCAAAAUUCCUUUUUUUUUUGUCA